GUGUGUUUGUGUCGUUGACGUCAUGAGUGUUGUGCGCAUGCGUCACUCGGCGACUCCAUAUUUGUUGUGAAAACCUCAUCGCUAGUCAAGGGGAAGCCAUGUUUGCUGCUUCAUAUAGACGAGCAUUACGACGAGCUAGAAUAAGACGUAUUUUAAUGAAUCAAGAAGGAGUUGAAGUGCGGGACAUAAGACCCCCAGAUUACACGGAACAGCCUACACCUCCUCCAACAUAUAGUGAAGUGGCUCUUGGGAGUGACACUGUGGUUGUUUCUGGGAUAAGUGGUACACAAACAGGCAGAACGGAGUCCUCUCGGGAAGGCGUGAGCAUUGGGUGUGAGGCCCAAGAAGGAGGGGGAGGUGGAGAGGCACCAGCAGUAGCUGCAGCGGAAGGCAGCACAAUGUUGGGCCGGGGGCGACUACAGGAAGCCCAGGGGAGACUGGAGGCAAUGAGAAAACGGCAUAACCAAUGGACAUGUUUUCUUUGCUGUCAUGUGCGAACUGGCACGAUUGUAAUUGGAUUUUGGCACAUGCUGUUACACCUGAUGGCUCUAUCACUGAUUGCAGUGGUAGUAGUUCAUCCAGAAAUGUUGAGCCAGACAGGAGGUACUCUUGGGGGUCUUGGUUCUGGAGAUGAGUUGUCUGUUAACCCACAAGAUGUACAAGCUGAAAACUGUGCAGAGAUGCCAUGUAGCUUGGCAGCUCGGGGUGAUGGUAGCUCAAAUCAGGCUGCCAGUGACUUCUCUCUCUUCUUGGGUAACUUACUAACAACACAUCGCCUCACUACUGAUGAUGUAAACAUUGCGCUGUUCAUCACUCUCUGUACAUUCGUGGUGACCCUCUUACUGGUAUAUGGAGCAUUCCAUUCUCAGCCUUCACAUUUGAUGCCAUUCUUCUUCUUGCAAGUCUUUGACUUCUGUAUCUCAAGCAUGACCAUGAUUGGCUAUUUGUCUUACCUACCCAACAUUCGUCAGUUGAUCCGGGAGUCCCCGGAAUUCCCCUUUCAGGAACAGCUUCUAGCAAUGAAUACCAAAUGCCUUACAUUCUUUGCAAUGCUCAUCUUCAUCACAACACUUAUGACUAAGGCUUAUUGCAUCAGCAUUGUUUGGCGAUGUUACAAAUUCUUGAUGCUCAGGGCACAGGCUGGGCGGUCAGUACUGAGAUACCUGGAUGGUGUGUCUGGCCCAGUUGACCAGGAGAGUCAGACACUUGUCAUGGGUCAGGACUUGCCUGAUUAUGACAAUGCCAUGGCCGAUCCACAAUACAGUUACAGAAAGAAGCUACCAGGCAUAUUCCCAGAGCCCCCUCCUUCAUACGACAUGGCCAUGGCUGCACUCUUUGCUCGGCAGGAACAAGGACAAGACCAUGUGGAUACAGCUGGGGGUGCAUGCGAGGGUUCUACUGUGUCUUCCCCUUCUCAUGACCAGGCUGUAGUGACCACCGCCCAGGAACAUCCAGUCCCCAUCACUAGCAGUACUAGUGCUGCUACAUCAGUACCCACCAUCCCCCAUACUGCUAUCUUUCCAACCACUACCAAUGCUGCUUCUCUGACCAUCGGUUCUCCCACUUUCAAUUAAUUAUAAUUUUGAGGGAGACACCUGAUAAUAGUUGAAUUAUCAGUUCAGUCAACAAAAAUGUAGGCAUCUGAUAUCUUGUUAGUAGUUGACUUUAUUUUAAAUUUAGAUCAACUAUAGAUCAAUAAUGAUUACCUGCCACAGUAAGUAGGGUAGUGGUUGCUGUUUAUGACGAAGUAAAAAAAGUGGAACUGUUAAGAGACGGUUGUCAGUAUUGCUGCUGUAGUCACCACGUGUCUCUCUACAGUUCUUAUAUUGCACUUGUUUGCAAGUUAAGAUAUAUAGGAUUCUAUUUUGAAAUAUAUAUAUGUCAUAACAAAUUUUAACAGUUUGGAUUAUUGGAUUCUCUGUCCUCACUUUCGUGUGUCAGCUGGUGUUACAUGGGAGUUUUAGUGAAGUUUAUUAAGUUAAAUAAUCAUUAUAGUAUCAUAUUGGAAACUACACUUAGAUUUUUUUUAGGUUAUGGAUGUCUCAUUUGUUUUACAUUAUUUAAUUACAAUAGAAAGUAAAUGGUAAUAUGAUUUGUAGUAAUGGAGAUUAAAGUUCAGCAACAUCAGUAAGUGUUGGCAUCACCUGGUCAUGCACUAAUCCUAAAGAUGUAAAGUUGCCAAAGAAUCAUCCUGAAGUAGUGUAAAUCAGCACAUUGUUUUUUGUAAAUGAUCAAGAUUGUCUAUAUGCCCUAGAUACUGUAUGUAAUGAUUGGUGUGAAGUACAAUAAGGUAAUUACAAUAUUUAUUUAAUCAUUUAGCAUACCUAUGUGAAUAAUCUGGUGUCCAUUUUAAGGUGUUUAUGAUUGAGCAGCAACAAUACACAACUGUUCGAUGCUUUGAAUAAUCUCCCAAUAUUAACAGAUGAAUACAUGUGUUGCUUUAGUCACAGUGACUUUUAUAACUAUGUAGUUCAAAUUUUUUCAAGAAUUCUUCCCUAACCAUGAAGCUUGAUGUCUCAUAUUAAGGUGGUGUAACACACAAUGUAGACUAUCCAUUAAACAUCAGUUUCUACAUCUUCAUAUGAUGUGUGAUUAGGUAUGGGUUAAUUGUGCAAUUCGAUGUCUUUUAACACUAUAGGAUGAUUAGUGUGACCUCAUCGAGAACUUUGGAUUUGAUUGUUGAAAGCAAGGGUAGUGUGUUUAGUAGGCAACUCCUAUUUUAGCUCAUAAGACCAAUUUAAAUAUUUUUUCAGCAGUAGUGGGUUUAAUGUAGGCUUUUGUAUGGAUUUAUGGUAUUUAUAUUUACACAAAGCAUUUUAUGUUAAAAGACGUCCAAUUACCUAUUCAAUGUGGAUUAAUCUUGUAUUUAAUCAUGCUUUUUAAUUUCAUGAUCAUAUAUACUGUAUAUGCCUUACUGUCAUUUAAUUCCAGUAAAUAGCUAAAGAAAUAAACUUUUCAUUAUU